AUGGACAGUUCAUUACUUGAAACUCUAGAGCAUCAAACUGCUCCUGAAAGUACUCGCGGCUUGUUUGAUUCCCCUCUCAGUGAGAAAAAGUCUCACAGAGAAAGCGCCCCUGUACCUGAAAAACGACGUUCAUUUGAGCCAGAACAAUCAAAGUCAAGACCUCCUUCUUUUCAAUACAAGCAACAACAGCAGCAGCAGCAACAGCAGCGCGGUCAUCAGCGCUCCAGGUCUGCCAGUGCUUCUGAUUUCUCCAAUUUCACCAACAACAAUGGGCGCAACAGGAGUUUUGGCUUGCAAACCUUAGUUGAGGAGGAUCAAGAUGCCCAGAAGAAGAAGAAAGACGUGGAUAUUGAUUCCUUGCAAGAUAUGAUCAACACUUUGAAGAACUUGCCUCCCAUUAUCUCGCCCAACACGGCGGCAGCUAGUACAGACAGCAACAGAAAGAGCCUCGGCCAUCGCAAACAACAUAGCAUGUCAGCGCUUGUAACUGGUGGUGUUGGAAAUCAUCAGGUUACCAGUAAUAAACGAUUGUCGUACAACAACGGUGUCUCCGAUAUGCAAAGUAAUAUUAACAGUUCCGAGAACAGACGUCGUCCCAAGAGGUCAUCCAGUAUCUCCAGCAACAGCAGCGAGAUCAGAGAUGGCAACAUCUUCAACGCCCUGUCUCGCGAUGAAGCACUGGCUGAGGCUGAGGCAAAACUGAUGGGCACAUUCCAAAACAACCGCAAAAACAUGGGUCGACGCUACUCGGAAUCGCAACACCAACAGCAGCAGUUUGAUGCUAGUAAAAUUGGUACAAGUGCGUCUUCCAGUUUGCUGUCUAAGCGUACGUCUUUGCAGCUACCUACCCUCAACGAGAACAUGGCUACCACACCAGGCAACAACACCACUAGUCGUCGUAUUGCCUUCAACAAACCUUUGGAUUUGAGUUCUACUAGUAAAUUUGAUACUAAUGAUAUCUUGGUGGAGAACAAAAGAUUGUCGGGUUCAGGAAAUGGUCAUCAGCGUCGUUCGUCUCGCAACUUGGAUCUGGAUUGGAGAUCGAGCAGUAGUAACAAUAACAACAACAGCAGCAACAGGAACUCGUUUCAACUCGUACCUUUUACACCUACUCGCGUCAAUUUCGCUCGAGAUGAUGCCAACCCUCAUCAACGUCGCCCUCUAUUUAUCGCUCAUUUACCCUUCUCGGCACUUCCUCCUUUGUUCCGAUCUCGUCAACUCAGUCGAGGUGCACUUCGGGUCAACAAGCGCAACCGCAGUGAUGCCUAUGUUUAUUGUGAGGAUCUAGACGACGAUAUCUACAUUUGUGGUUCCAGAGACAGAAACAGAGCUUUAGAAGGGGAUGUGGUGGCUGUGCGAUUGGUCGAUGUCGACAAAGUGUUGAGAGAAAAGAAGGAGAAGGAAGAGGCUAAACUAGUUCGCAAUGGAGGCCAGGCCAAGGUGCGUUUGCCUGACGAGGAGGAUGAAAAUGAAAUCAUCUUUGGCGGUGAUGAGGAUGUCAAUGUGGUUAAGCCCAAAUUCUGUGGUGUGGUUGUUGCCAUCUUGGAAAGAGCUCAAAACCAAGUGUUCUCAGGCACGUUGACCUUGAUGAGGCCCAAUAACAAGAGAGCACAAGAAGAGAAGGCUGCGGAAGAGGCCCGAAAAUCCAUCCAUGGUCAAGAUGCACUGAGCCAAAAGGAAGCGCCCAGAAUUGUCUGGUUCAAAUCAACGGAUAAGCGUGUGCCUUUAAUUGCAAUUCCUAUUGAGCAAGCGCCUAAUGAUUUCACAGCCAACAGCGAGGCUUAUUCAACUCGCCUCUUCGUGGGAUCCAUGAAGCGAUGGCCCAUCACCUCUUUGCAUCCCUUUGGUACUCUGGAACGUGAGCUUGGCUCUGUCUAUGAGCUCUCUACUCAAACUAAGGCCAUCUUUGCUGAUAACAAUGUCACAGAUAGCGAGUUUAGUGACGCUGUAUACAGCUGCUUGCCCAAUUUGCCCUUUAAUUUGGACUCUGACGAUUCUCGUCGCGACUUGAGAGGCGACACUGUGUGCUUUACAAUUGAUCCCAAGGGCUCUAAUGUAUUGGACGACGCAUUAUCCAUCAAGAAACUGGAUGAUCAACAUUGGGAGGUGGGUGUCCAUGUGAGCGAUAUUGGUUACUUUAUCAAAUCCCAAUCGGCACUGGAUAAAGAAGCCAGAGCUCGUGGUGUUCGUGUUGAUUUGAUCCACACACAUGUACCCAUGAUUCCAGAGAUACUCACUGAAAAAGUGACCAAUUUGUCACCCAACGAGUCGAGAUUCACCUUGUCUGUAAUCUACAAAUUGAACGCCAAUGGUGGUAUUAUAGAUACGUGGUUUGGCAAAACCAUCACUAGAUCCAUUGCAAAAUUCACAUAUGAGGAAGCACAAGCGAUAUUGGAUAAUCAGUCAGAUGAUACAGAUCAACAAGUCCACAAAGAUAUUCACUCUCUUUACGGCUUAUACCAAACACUCUACCAAGGCAGAAAAUCAAAUGGCUUCUUUUCUCAAAUGCGCGAUGAGUUGGAAUACGAGUUUGAGGAUGGAAAUCAAGAGAACCCCAUCACUGUGUCUGUGAGCCAGAAACUGCCUGCUGCUCGAAUGGUCAAGGAGUUUUUGUUCAUGGCAAACAAGAGUGCUGCGCAGAGAAUAUCCAGUCAUUUCCCUAACCAGGCAUUGUUGCGUCGUCAUGCUCCACCUUCUGAGAGAAAGAUGGCUGAACUUGUAGACUAUGCUGCUCGUCAUUUGGGAGUGAAACUCGACUGCACAAACGCUGGUUCCCUGGAAUCUUCGAUUGAAGCUAUUCAAGAUGCCAAGUUGCGCAAAUUAGUCUCCAUUGUUGCACUCAAGACACUGCAACCGCCCAAGUAUUUUUGCUCUGGCAGUGUGGACAUCCUAAAAUACUCUCACUACGCUUUGAACGUGCCUCUGUUCACUCACUUCACUGCACCCAGUCGACGAUUUGCUGAUAUUAUUGUUCAUCGACAGUUGGAGGCUACCCUCGAUCCCAAUGACAAGCGAUUCUCGUUGGAUAGAGAUACUGUCCAAAAGCUGGCACAACAUUGCAACGUAAAGAAAGACGCUGCCAGAUACGCUCGUGAACAAAGCAACCUCAUGUUCUUAUCUAUCCAUAUGGACAAGCUGAGCCAACAGCAACACCAACAGCAGCAAAAGGUGAUUGAAGGACCUUCUGUCAUUUUCCGUGAAGCCAUCGUAGUUGCAGUCUUUGAGCAGUUCUUUGAUGUCGUGAUCCCAGAAUUGAACCUCGAAAAGCGCAUUCACCUGGCUUGCCUACCUGUUUGGAGAUCUGACUACAACCAGCACAGUCAGUCAUUGACCAUGUUUUGGCGCAAGGGCGUUGAUACAUCUACUGGUAAAAAGAGCGAUUGGAGUCUCUCGGAUGAAGAGGAUGACGAGGAUGGUCUUGAUGAGGAUGCUUUGUUGGAAGAGAUGAAUACUACCGCAGAACAGCUGCCUCAAGAGGAAUACAAGAUGAACACAUUGAAUGACAAUGAGUCCAUUGUAAGUCAGUUAGCUGUCAAGGAGAAUCAUGCAAGCGCCGCCACCACUGUACCAGUCUAUCCCAACAAGUCAGUGUCCACGCCUGCAUUGAUGAUGAUGCAUCAAUCUGGCUCGAAUAGUACUGCUAUUGCUGCUGCUCCUACUCGCUCCACAUCCAACAGAAGAGCUUCCAUUGUUCGCGCCAGACUAUCAGAUAGCACUGCUUAUAGCACUGAGCAAGGAUUUCAAACCAUCAAAGCAUUGGAUAAGAUUCGCGUCGUGUUGACCGUUGAAUUGGCUCGUACUCCUCCCGUUAUCCGUGUCCUGGCUGCAAAUCCUUUUUCUUGA